CAUGCUCACUGACGCACUACUGUCACGUGAAUUGCAAUGGUGGAGAAGAUCUGGUGAAGACAAGUUGAAGAAUUUCGUCUAUUGUCCGUUCUACUAGAACUUCUGUGUUUCCGACGCGAGUUUUCGGUAGUUACGUUGGCACUCUGAGCUGGAAACUUUGUUUGCUGCAUUGCACAAACCCAAUAGAUAAUAGAUAAAUAAGGUAGCUACCGAAUCCACCAUUCACCGUAUUAUCAAUCACAGUGAACUAAGCACAAACCAAAUCGACAAUGUCCGAGUACUGGUUGAUAUCAGCACCGGGUGAUAAAACCUGUCAGCAAACCUGGGAAACCAUGAACCACUUGACAAAAACACAAAAUAAUCUUUGCGAAAACUAUAAGUUUCAUAUACCGGAUUUAAAGGUUGGUACUCUCGAUCAGCUUGUAGGACUGUCCGACGAUUUAGGAAAACUGGAUGCGUACGUAGAACAGUCGACUCGUAAAAUUGCCUCGUAUUUGGGGGAUGUGCUCGAGGAUCAGCGAGAUAAACUGUAUGAAAAUCUGCAAGCUAAUAACAGUGAGUGUUUACCAUUGAUAUUGAGUAUCGAUCAGUCGGAAGAUGCGGAUGAUGCACAAUCUAAUUUGUCAUCACCGUCACGUCAGUAUCACCAGCGACAACAUCAGGACAUCUAUCGGUCACGUUCUUACUCCGAUGAUUGCAGUUAUAACACUUCUACACCGUGCUGCUGCUGUUGCUGCUGUUGUCAACUUACAAACACAUCGCGAUCCGGAUCGGAACUGCAUACAGAAUUAACGACCUGUGGCUGCCCUGAGUCAAUUUCAAUGCUUGAUUCUCCUACCAUGAUUGAAAUCUCUGGCUGUUACUGUCACAAUCAACAACAGCAGAAAAUACUAUCGACUCCGAGUGGACCUCCGGCGUCGAGCUGCAGAAAACGUACCGACAGCAAUAAUUCGAACACACUGAUAACCGACCCAGACCGAGAGCAUGGUCACGACGAUCAUGAUAACAGCUUCGAAUGGUGGUUUCACAGACGCAAAAGCUCCCACAAACCAAGGAGCCGUUCAUCAAGUCACAUUUGUGGUGGAACAGUCGGAGCGAGUCAUACUAUUCGGUCGUCUCCGGUCAGCAGUUGUUGUGGAAGUCAGGGUCGCUCCAGUCCGGAUACAAUGGAACAAGAAAUAUACGGUGCAAAUGUUAGCAAUACGCCUGUAUCGACCAUCACUACCAAAACCGCUAGGAGAACUACAGUUAAAAAUGGUGGAAUGCCCUCACCAUAUAGUCCAAUCAGCCCAGACGAUUUGACAAGCUACAUCACGCGUUUCCAGUGGGAUUUAGCCAAGUACCCGACAAAGCAAUCGCUGCGGAACAUUGCAGACAUUAUUUCCAAGCAAGUGGGCCAGAUCGAUGCUGAUUUGAAAACGAAAUCUGCUGCCUACAACAAUCUUAAAGGAAAUCUUCAGAAUUUAGAAAAGAAACAGACUGGGAGCUUACUGACUCGUAAUUUGGCUGAUCUGGUAAAGAGGGAGCACUUUAUUUUGGACUCAGAAUACUUGACUACGCUACUCGUCAUUGUACCCAAACCCAUGAUCAACGAUUGGAACACCAACUACGAAAAAAUCACUGACAUGAUAGUUCCCCGUUCAUCACAGCUCAUUAAGCAGGAUAACGAUUAUGCACUGUGUACGGUCACGCUGUUCAAGAAGGUCGUAGAUGAGUUCAAGCUACACGCUCGUGAGCGUAAGUUCGUGGUGCGUGAUUUCACCUAUAACGAGGAAGAGUUGGCUGCAGGCAAAAAUGAAAUCACCAAGCUGGUAACAGAUAAGAAGAAACAAUUCGGUCCUCUUGUCAGAUGGCUUAAGGUCAAUUUCAGUGAGUGCUUCUGUGCUUGGAUACAUGUGAAGGCGUUGCGUGUGUUUGUCGAAUCGGUCCUCAGAUAUGGAUUGCCAGUCAAUUUUCAAGCCAUUCUAAUUCAUCCUAACAAAAAGAGCACUAAACGUCUGCGAGACGUGCUGAACCAGCUCUACGGUCAUCUGGACGGAUCGGCAGCAUCAUCGGGAGGCAAUGCGGAUAACGUCGACAUUCCUGGUCUUGGAUUUGGACAAUCGGAGUACUAUCCUUACGUGUACUAUAAGCUACACAUUGACAUGGUUGAAAAUAAAGUCUAAGAAGCCACAAUCAGCUGCUGUCCUGCAAAUAAAAUAUACAUCGCUACAUACACUCAGUCCGUUUCAAGUUUUUUCGAUAAAGCUGAUUCAUGAUGUUUCGAUAAUGCUGACUCUCGGUUAAACAACAGGUUGAAAUUUUCGGCAGAAAUCUCAACGAUAUUCUACCAAGAAAAACUUAAAUUAUAACUUUUGACUCCGUUUUGGCAUUCGUUAAUGUUGUUGAAUACUUUUGUUUAUUAUGCAUUGUGUAAUUUAAACUAGCUUAAACUAAUUGUUUUGUAUAAGAAGCAAUCCUUUUAUCAUUCGAUUUUCGUACUAGGGAGCAGUUGAAAAGGAUUCACGAUUUUAGACAGUGCAAAAAAAGUUAAGCAGUAAUUUAUGGAAAAUAUAUAGCAACGAUAAAUAGAGAUGGAUUUUGUUGGUUGGUUGGUUGGUUGGUUGGUUGGUUGGUGUGUAAACAUGAUACGAAGGAUUGGUCAAACUGACUAGUGUUAGCAAGGUUGUCGCUCGCCAUUUCUCUAAAGUAGCUAAAUUUAUCGUUAUGUUCGAUACGGUCAAGUCAGAAAAAUAUACUAUAUCAUGUUACAAGCUGUAGUUUGAUGAUCAUCCAAACUUUCGUUCAAAUUAUAUGCCAACCUUUCAUUCGGUUCUGACGAGUUUACACAUGCCAACACCGUAAACGGAAGAUGAAACCAAAAUGAACAAUAAACAGAUAGUUGACAGGAUGCCUGUGUAUUGAAAAAAAAAAGAAAAACAAAUAUAUUACGAGCAAGUUUCACUUUGCAAUCGUCUAAAGUAAAACAUUAAAUUUAUGUAAAUAAAAUUGAAACCAUUCCAAA